AUGCCAGACCAAAAACGUGCUCUUCCAGAGCCACAACCAAAGCGGCAAAAGCAAGAGCAGGAGGGUGAAUAUGACGAUAACCACAUUCCAUGGAAGACUUUUGAGACGCAAUCCGAACAGUAUUUGCAUCACGAAACAAGUACAACUGAGGAAAUGCAACACGCCAUUGAGCCUACAAACGAAGAACAUAUCAAGCACAUGACUCAAAUGCAUUCUGAGCAGGGUAAUCUAGCACCUCACGAGACCUCACUAAAGAGUAUUGCGGCUGCGAAUGCGGAGAAAGCUUCGAUUUCCCAACCGAAAUAUGUUGAAAAUACAUUUGAAUGGCCGCGGAGCACAUCAGUACCUCAACCAACAGAGCUCUAUUCCCAAAUGAUCCCUCCGGUAAUCGAUCCCAACCUACGAGGAAAUCUAGACUACGACGCUAACUAUCAACAAGACCUCUUUGCCUCCGCGGCCAAACUUUGA